UAUAACAUUUCUUCUACCUCUUCGAGUACCACAAACUACCUUUUAUCUCGGUAUUUCCUUCCCGAUGGAGUCCGUUGCCUCCAAUACACCAUCCUCGUCGGACAACCAUCAUCCUCCCUUGCGAUUCAGACCCAUCCAUCAACCAAUAGCAGAUCGGAUACUUAGAGCUCUCAGUCACCAUCUCAGCCUCCUCCACCGUGAAGACUCCAACUUCUUUGUGUUGGGUGCCACGGGAAACGUUUACACUGUGACGUUGUCUGUCACCCCUUCAUGCUCGUGUCCUGACCACACAACUCCAUGCAAACAUAUAUUAUUUAUCUUUAUUCGAGUAUUGGGUGUUUCUCUAGAUGAUACUUGUCUUCAGAGGAGAACUCUCCGGCCAUGCCAACUCAAUCACUUACUCAGCACGCCUACAUCACCUGAAGUAAUUGCAGGAGCCAAGGUUCGUGAGAGAUUCCAUGAGUUAUUCUUUAAAGCUAGGCAGAGCGCUUCACAGCCGAUUGUUGAUAUAAAAAACGACACUAAUUGCCCGGUUUGCCUCAGCGAGAUGGGAAAGGGUGAGAGAGUUGUGACCUGUGCGACAUGUCAGAAUCCGAUACAUGAAGAAUGCUUAUUAAAGUGGAAAAGGAGCAGGGGAAGGAGGUCUGCAAGUUGUGUGAUAUGUCGGGCAAGGUGGAGAGAUGGGACUGAGCAGGAAAAGUAUUUGAACCUAGCAGCUUAUGUUGGCGAGGACAACCCAACUGUUGAGGACGGUGGGAUCCUUUGUAGCAGUUGAGUUUUCAUGAUUGGUUAACCUAGCUAGAAACAUAAUUAGCAAAAGCCAGGUUAUGGAACAUUUCAUUGUAACUAUUACAUGUAUAUAACAAGGUAGAAUUUUAGAUGGAAA